AAAGACCAACUCUAAAAGAUAUUAUUACUCUCGUGCUUCAAAAUCCAGACUGUGAAAAAGAAAUUUUAACUGAAGCAAAAGUAAAGGCUAUUAGAUUUGAUGCUAGUGAAAUGUUUGAUUUUGAGAAUGAAUAUGAUAUUCAAGAGGGGUGGAUUAUUACAGAUGAAGGUUCUAAAUGGUUUAAUGUAAAAGAGUUAAUGUUUUUUAUUGGAAGAAAUUUUAAAUAUUAUCGUUCAAU